GCCUAGCAAAGGGUGCCCGGGGAUCCAAAACUGCAGGCCGCACUUAGCUUACCGUCAAAAAUAAACCAAAACAAUAACAGACAAAACUGAGAAGGGGGAGAAACACCGAUAGAGUCUGAAGACGACGUUAUCAGAGGGAUUGGUUACCUUGAUGGAAGGAAGCACUUCAAAGAUAUUAUUUGUUUUAUUCUAAGGGUUUUGUCAGCAAAUGUGAAGUCUUUUCUGACUGAAGACAUGGAUCAAGGAGGAGGGGUGUUGGAGCUACACACUCAGGAGCUGAAGAUGCCCCAUGCUAUGAUCAUGCAAGACUUUGUUGCAGGCAUGGGGGGCCUGGCUCACAUUGAUGGGGAGCAUAUUGUGGUGUCAGUGCCUGAGGGUAUGCUUCUUUCUGAUGUGAUGACGGACGAGGGCAUCCUCCUGGAGCAUGGGCUUGAGGUGGAAGGCCUAGAGACUCAGGUGGUUCAAGGCCUGGAGACAGAGGUGGUUGAAGGCCUGGAGACAGAAGUGGUGGAGAGCUUACAUGCAGAUGUAGAGGGCUUGGAGGCAGAAGUGGUCGAAGAGCUACAGACACAGGUGGUAGAGCUGGAGGCUCAGGUAGUCGAGGGCCUUGAGGGUGAGGUGGAAGUGGAAGGUCUUGAGGCGCAAGUGGUCGAGGGACUGGAAACUGAGGUAGAUGUUGAGGGCCUGGAAGCUCACGUUGUUGAGGGCCUUGAGGAGGAGGUGGAAGUGGAGGGUUUAGAAGCUGAGGUUGUUGAAGGUCUUGAGGUAGAUGUGGAAAGUCUACAAACACAAGGGGUAGAGGCCCAUGAAAUAUCCAGUGAAGACAUGGUGUCAUCAGAACACAGUGUGAUCAUGCCUGAGAAUAUUCUGGGCACAGAAGUUGCGAUAGAGGAAGCGCUGGACCCCCAUCAUCACCACGUCCUAACCUCAGACCUCAUCCAGGACUCUAACCACCACCAUCACGAUGACAUGCCAGACCAGGUGUUUGUGGCAGAGCUACUGUCUGAGCACCAGGACAACACUCUGGACCACCAGCUUGUGUCAGAAGGCUUGAUGGUGACAGAAGCCAACUCUGAGACCAUAAUCCACGAACAGCUGCCAACUGAGGCUGUUCCCCUGCAGACCGAUGAGGAUGAUGAUGCAAGAAGCAGCUCUGAAGAUUACCUCAUGAUCUCCUUGGAUGAGGUGGGAGAGAAGCUGGACAUAGGAGACACUCCCCUUGAGAUCAGCACAGAGGUAAUGGAAGACAAGGAAUCUAAAGAGGAGGACGGCUCAGAGGUCAUCAAAGUCUACAUUUUCAAAGCUGAAGCAGAUGACGAUUUAGGCGGAACCGAGGUGAUAACAGAGGAUGAUUACCAGAAUGGCCAUCCUGACCUGGAAGCUGCAUCAUCAGGGAGACUGGGAGUCGGUCGUGAUAAGAUGGUCUACAUGGCAGUCAAGAACCAUCCAAAAGAAGAGGAGGAUGAUGAGGAUGACAGUGAUGAUGAUGACGAUGAUGACAUCAGUAAUACCAUUGAUCAGGUGAAGAAUGGUGCGUCUACACCAUUUCUGCAAAUCCGAGAGGGGCUGGGCGCCAACCGGGCCCUCAAACCCAAAGCUAAGAAAAAGAAGAAAGGAGAGACCCGGCAGUGUCAGACUGCGGUCAUCAUUGGACCUGAUGGUAUGCCUUUGACUGUCUACCCCUGCCACAUAUGUGGAAAGAAGUUUCGCUCUCGAGGCUUCCUCAAAUGCCACAUGAAGAACCACCCAGACCACCUGCUUAAGAAGAAGUACCAGUGUACAGACUGUGACUUUACCACCAACAAGAAGAUCAGUUUCCACAACCACUUGGAGAGCCACAAGUUGCUCAGCCACAACAGUGAGCGCUCUCCAGAAUACACUGAGUACACACGGCGCUACCAUGAGUCCAGCCCCCUGGGCUCCGACAAGCUCAUUGUCAAAGAUCGGGAGCCCAAACUGCAUCACUGCAAGUACUGCGAUUAUGAGACAGCCGAACAGGGCCUGCUCAACCGUCACCUGCUGGCCGUGCACAGUAAGAACUUUGCACAUGUGUGUGUCGAGUGCGCCAAAGGCUUCCGUCACCCGUCAGAGCUGAAGAAACACAUGCGGACCCACACAGGCGAGAAGCCCUACCACUGCCCGCACUGUGAGUUCCGCUGUGCAGAUCAGUCCAACCUAAAGACUCACAUCAAGAGCAAGCAUGGCGCAGAUCUGCCUUUCAAGUGCAGCCACUGUCCUCAAGCCUACGCUGACGCACGGGAACUCCAGCGUCACAUAGAGGUGGUGCAAGGCCACAAGACCCAUCAGUGCCCACACUGUGAGCACAAGAGUACCAACUCCAGUGACCUGAAACGGCACAUUAUCUCUGUUCACACCAAGGACUUCCCCCAUCAGUGUGACGUGUGCGAGAAAGGCUUUCACAGGCCCUCAGAGUUGAAGAAACACGCGGAGACACACAAGGGCAACAAGGUGCACCAGUGCCGGCAUUGUAACUUCAACGCUCCCGACACCUUCACUUUGAGUCGCCAUAUCCUGUCCUUGCAUACGAAGGACCUCCCCUUUAAGUGCAAGCGCUGCCGGCGAGGCUUCCGGCAGCCCGCUGAGCUGAAGAAGCACAUGAAGACACACAGUGGUAGAAAGGUUUAUCAGUGCCAGUAUUGUGAGUAUAACAGUACGGACGCUUCUGGCUUCAAACGCCACGUUAUCUCCAUUCACACCAAGGACUACCCCCACCGCUGCGACUACUGCACCAAGGGCUUUAGGAGGCCUUCAGAAAAGAGCCAGCACAUAGCCAGGCAUCACAAAGACAUGUUGAUGUAAUGUCAUUGCACACGCGAACACACUCCUCUUUCCCAAGUAAAUCUGUGUCACACACCCAGAGGUAAUUUUAGUGUAUUAACAAAGAAAUGACGGAUGUAGGCUGUUGAUGAAGACGACAACAUUAUAAUUGCCGUUCUGUGUUCUGUGUUGUAAUGGGUGUAAACCUCCUCCCCCAGGGGUAAUGCAAGAA